GGCGGGGCAAAGAGGGACUGUGAGCAGGCAGGUUUCCAGGUUUGAAACCUGAGUGAGUGGCGAACUCACUUUUUUUUUCCUCAUUUUACUUCUCGCUGUUUUCACCCAUUUAGGAGAACAAUCUCAGUCUUCCCUUCUGAUCAUCUGCUCUCUGGGGCAGGUUCCCAAGAAGAGGCAGGCCUCAAUAAAAGGCUGGUGGGCGUGUUCCCGCCCAAGGCCGGCAGCAGGACCAAGGGGGAGGGGGGGGGUGUAGGGAAACCACCCCACAUUCGAGAGUUAUAAAGAGCCCGGCUGCUACGUGGUACAGCUCUGGGACUUGUAGGCAUCGCAGGUGGGCAUCCCUGAGGAAUUCCAUUCCAGACACCACGAAGAUGGCACCCGUUGGGGGCAAAAAGGCCAAGAAGGGCAUCCUAGAACGUUUAAAUUCUGGAGAGGUUGUGAUUGGGGAUGGAGGGUUUGUCUUCGCGUUGGAGAAGAGGGGCUAUGUGAAGGCCGGCCCCUGGACCCCCGAAGCUGUGGUGGAGCACCCAGAAGCAGUUCGCCAGCUUCACCGGGAGUUCCUCAGAGCUGGAUCGAAUGUCAUGCAGACCUUCACCUUUUAUGCGAGUGAAGACAAGCUGGAGAACAGGGGGAACUAUGUUGCAGAGAAAAUAUCCGGGAACAAAGUCAACGAAGCUGCUUGUGACAUUGCCCGGCAAGUGGCUGAUGAGGGAGACGCCUUGGUGGCAGGAGGCGUGAGUCAGACACCUUCAUACCUCAGCUGCAAGAGUGAGAUUGAAGUUAAAAAAGUAUUUCAGCAGCAGUUAGAGGUCUUUCUGAAGAAGAACGUGGACUUCUUGAUUGCAGAGUAUUUUGAACAUGUUGAAGAGGCAGUGUGGGCAGUCGAAACCUUGAAAACAUCUGGAAAGCCAGUGGCAGCAACCAUGUGCAUCGGGCCCGAAGGAGAUCUGCACGGUGUAAGCCCUGGCCAGUGUGCAGUGCGCCUGGUGAAAGCAGGAGCCUCCAUCAUUGGUGUGAACUGCCAUUUUGACCCCACAAUCAGUCUGCAAACAGUGAAGCUCAUGAAAGAAGGCCUGCAGGCUGCUGGGUUGAAAGCCCACCUGAUGAGUCAGCCCUUGGCCUACCACACUCCCGACUGCAACAAACAGGGAUUUAUUGACCUGCCAGAAUUCCCUUUUGGACUGGAGCCCAGAGUUACAACCAGGUGGGAUAUUCAGAAAUACGCCAGAGAGGCCUACAACCUGGGGGUCAGGUACAUAGGUGGGUGCUGUGGAUUCGAGCCCUACCACAUCAGGGCAAUUGCAGAGGAGCUGGCCCCAGAAAGGGGCUUUUUGCCACCGGCCUCAGAAAAGCAUGGCAGCUGGGGAAGUGGAUUGGACAUGCACACCAAACCAUGGAUUAGAGCCAGGGCGAGGAAGGAAUACUGGGAGAAUCUUCGGAUAGCAUCAGGCAGGCCGUACAACCCUUCGAUGUCAAAGCCCGAUGCCUGGGGAGUGACCAAAGGAACAAAGGAGCUGAUGCAGCAGAAGGAAGCCACCAGUGAGCAGCAACUGAAAGAGCUCUUUGAAAAACAGAAAUGCAAAUCUGCGUAUUAACCUCAGUAGAACCCAAUUUUGUGAAUUCUUUAUGCUUGGGCCACAGUCCUUAGAAAUGAGGAAAAGAUGGUCAAAAUAACAAUGCUUGUAUUAAAACCAGCCUACACAUAAAAUCUGUAUGAACUGAACAAAAUAGAAUUACAAACGGGACCUGAAAGUUUUAAAAGUAUGUUUUAAAAGUUUCCUCAGAAGCAAAAUAAAUACAAAGUAAAUCUUAAGCAGGUUUGCUAAGCACCCACCAUGAAUAAGGUAUUAAGGAAAUUGCUGUGGCCAAGGAAAAGUAAUUGGGACAUUAAUCCCAUUUCAAGAAGUCUGCAGGCUAUUAAGGAGGAUUAGAUGUCAACUGUCAAAUGGCUCGGAAACCAGACAGGGACAGAUAAAGUGAUACAGAGAAGUGACUUCCAAGCUCCUCUGAAUGUGACCCUUAGCAAGAAACACAAUUUACACAAUGACCCAGUAAAGCACCAUACUAUGCAACCACUGAAAUAAAAAGUGUGAUCUAUUUUGA